AUGUCAGACCUUCAAGGCGAUCGGGCCACUCCGGCCAGCUCACGGCAAUCUCAAACUCCGGGUGCGCCGUCGCGAGGCCCUGGUCGGUUCAGGCCCAAGAAUGUCCGCCGAGAUGAGGCAGAGCGAAAGAGACUAGAGGAUGCCAGAAAUCGCGACCUCGCUUCCAAGAUCAAGGCUGAGGAGCGCGAGCAGCGAGAUGAAGAACGCCGCGCAAGAAGAGGUCGUGGCAGGGGAGGCAGGGAUCGCGGUGGACUCAUCAGAAGAGGCGGCGCAGCCUCUGGACCCUUCUCGGCUAUGGCAGCAGAGAACGCCAGAGGAGGCUUCGGCCGCGCUGCUGGAGGACAUGGUUCCGGAGGUGCUGGAGGAGCUUCCUCCUCUAAGGGCGGAGGUAACACAUACAGCCACAUUCGAUACCAUCCCAGACGAGAGCAUGAGAACCGAAUCAACAUUGAUCUCCUUAGUGGGCUCACCGAUGGCACCGCAGAAGACGGAUCUCCACUGUACCAGCCCACCCGCUACAGCCAAAAGUCGGUUGGCAGUCUUCCUAUUGGUCUAUUGCGAACGCAGCAUGAGGACGCAGAAGUCAAGGUCAAAACUUCGGCUGAGCUUGAGGCCGAGGACCGUCAAUCGUCGGAUGACGAAGGCAACCUCUUCGUCGACUCGCCGGCUAAGGACCUGCGAGAUGUCGGAAUGAAGGAUGACGACGAGUUCUGGCAUGCGGCUCCGGCAAGCGAGGUUAAGAUAAAGCCUGAACCUGGUGCGGAGCCGGAAUCCGGAGACGUCGAUAUGGCGGAUAUCCCUGAGGCACAGCCCAAAGCACCUGAUUCUCCAGAACUAAAGAAGAAAGUGACGAUCAAUGAAGACGGUUUCGCUACAGAAGUCGAUGCCGAGCAGAAGAAGCGGAAGGAGAAGGAGAGAAAGAAAAUGGACGAUCCCGAAUACGUGCAAAAUGCGGCAGACCUGGAAAGUAUUCUACGCGACCUCAGCUUUGGGCCCCCUGUCGAACCCGAAGAGGGACAAGAGCAGGACGACCAGCGACAAGCGAAGGACGACCAGCUUUACCUCUUCCAACUACCACCCAUUCUCCCCCCUCUGAUGCAAUCAACGGACGAUUACGGCGGAGAGGCGGACACUGUAGAUCUCACAUCUACGGGGUACGGUGACGGAGCCAAGGUCAAGACGGAAGAAGGCGCUGAGUCAUCGCAGCCCGCAUUUCACGGUCUUCCAGCUAAAGGCGGAUGGGUAGGGAAACUCAAUGUGCGCAAAUCCGGAAAGAUUGAGUUCGACUGGGGAGGCACUACCCUCAACGUGGGAUUAGGAGCAGAGUCCACCUUCUUGACGUCUGCCAUCAUGGCGGAACAGAACCAGGACAUGGAUAAUCCCGAGGCGAGCACCGGGUUCGCCUGUGGUAUGGGCCAAGUCGUGGGCAAGUUCUCCGUGACUCCGAUCUGGGACGACGAAGAGGAUUGGGACCCGAGUCUGGACGACAUAUAUGGCAACGAGGAGAGUGCGGCGUAG